AUGGCAUCUUCCAUCGCUCAGAUCUCUUUCUACCUUCUAAUUCUAAUCUUUUUCUCAGAAAUCCAUUUCGGUCUAUCCCUCAGGGACCUCAAAUCCGAUCCUAACCGUCCAUCCACCACAGCCCAAUUAAUUACAGACGUUCAUGACCUCCUCCCCAAGUACGGCCUCCCAAAGGGUCUGUUACCAGACAACGUAAAUUCCUACACUCUCUCUGAAGAUGGCAGCUUUGAGAUCUAUCUUGAAAGCCCAUGUUACGUGCACUUUGAUCAGUUGGUGUACUACAACAAGAACAUUAAAGGGAAACUGAGUUACGGGUCAGUGUCUGAUGUGUCUGGGAUUCAAGCGAAGAAGCUUUUCAUUUGGGUCUCUGUGACUGGGAUUCAGGUUGAUCAAGGAUCCGACUCCGUUGAGUUUUAUGUUGGAGCUUUGUCUGAGAAACUGCCUGCUAAACAGUUUGAGGAUAUUCCUGUAUGUAAAAGCAAGGCCUGCCAAGGAACUUAUGUGGACUCAAUCUGA